CUUUUCUUCCUUCACAACCUUGUUUGGCUUAAAAUCUUAAUUAAGCACUUAUCAUAUAAGUGCUUACGUAUAAUAUAGUUUAUAAUUAAAGAUAAAUAAAGUUAAAUUGUGUUCAUAUAUAAGCUAUGAAAUUCUUUCAUAAGCUAUGUUGAAGAGUUUAUAUAAAUAAGGAGAAACUACUAUAUGUGAGUCAACUGCUAUUGCUUAUGAGAUCUUUGAGAAGGAAAAAAAGGGAAUGAAUCAGAAUAGACAGAAAGAAGAAAAAAAAGACAAAGAGAGCUGGAAAUAGUCUUAUAAGUUUUUAUAUAGCUGUUGAGAUCUAAAGUGUCACAUAUAGUUUUUUGGGUACUUCUAUCUGCGUUUUUAUAUUAAAAUUUGAUAUAUUUUAAUGCAUGUUUUUUCUUUCAUUCCAAAAUUGGGUUUGCAGCCAGGAAUUACUGAGGCACUUUUGGUCUUCCUAUCCAGUAACAACACAAAGCCUUGUUAAUAAGGCCAGAAGACUGAAAGAUGCCAUAUCACAAAUAGAUACCAAACUUGAGUCAGACCUGCGGCACCAGGUUUCCCUUGUUGUCCAUCCAAAGCACCAGGCUUUGGAAGCUGCCUUGGUACAUUACGGUGCUGACGAUAAGAAAAGAAAUGCUAAAGGGCCAAAGCCAAAUGAUUAUGUUUAGGAGAAUGGUAUGUCUAUGUGCACUUCCAGCAUCAUGCCAUAACAAUUUAGGAAUUUAUAUUCCAUAAAUUUUGCUGUGACCUCAACAGUAUGCCUAUUUAUCUCUAUAUUGUGAUGAAAUGAAUUAUUAUUAUUUUUUAAGAAGAAAUGAAUUAUUAUUAGAGUUAGUGAGCCAUGCAUUUACUCAAUAGUUAGCUUUGUAGAAAUUACUUGUUUACAUCCUAAGUCCUAACUGCAAGAUAUUAUAGAAUUUAUCUAACUUCACUUUUACCAUGACUUGAUUUUCAAGCUUUAGAACACAAUUUCUGAGAGUAUUGACUGUUUUUUGUUUGUAAGCAAAGAGAGCAUUGACCGUAAUUCUUGUUGUUCUUAUGUUCCAAAAGGCUAUUAAUUCUUUGAGGUUGAUGCUUA